AUGAGUUCAAAAGCUUCUUGUUCCUGUUGCUCCAAAGACUGCACCUGUGAUAACACCUGCAAGUGUGAAAGCACCGACAAAUGUACAUGUCAACCAAAGUAA